GGCAAUUUUGAGAUGAGCGAUCAUGGCUGCAUACACUUGAAUAAUUUCAAAGCAGCCAAGGGGAUACAGCCGUACAAAGUAAUACACUCCUAUUUCGUGACCAGCACUUCGACCGAGGCACGCGUAAGGAAGGCCGUGAGCUGUUUAUGUCAUACCUGUAAGACGUACAAGGAUCGCCUCCAUUCGUGCCUGCACUGCAUAUUUUUUGGCUGUUACUUGAGGGGACACAUACAAGAGCAUGCCAAGACUAAAAAACACUUUUUAGCCGUCGAUCUGAGCUACGGUAACAUCUUGUGCUUCCAAUGUGGCGACUACGUAUACGACAGGGAACUCACAGCGGUUGCAAAGUCACAGUGGAGCCAAUCGGCAAGGUCACUUAGCUUGGGGGAAUUUUAUCGAGCAUGGGAACCGACGCAAGUCGAGGCCGAUUUGCUCAGGAAAAACCCACGUCGACGACGGAUAGUGGAGAACUCCACUAUAGGUCUGAGAGGUCUGAUAAACCUCGGGAGUACCUGCUUCAUGAACUGCAUAGUACAGGCGUUGAUACAUACUCCUCUCCUGCGAGAUUACUUUCUAGCCGAUCGACAUCAUUGUCCACAGCCAAGCCGGUGUCUAGUUUGCGAAGUGUCGCACCUUUUCCAAGAAUUUUACUCGGGCAGUAAAGCUCCUUUAACGCUUCAUAAACUUCUUCAUCUCAUUUGGACACACGCCAGGCAUUUGGCUGGCUACGAACAGCAAGAUGCGCAUGAAUUUUUCAUUGCAACGUUGGAUGUACUACACAGGCACUGCGAAGCUGCUCCUAUUUUGGUUAAAGAUAAUCCUCACCAUUGUAACUGCAUAAUAGAUCAAAUUUUCACCGGUGGUCUUCAAAGUGACGUCGUUUGCCAAGCCUGCAAUGGGGUAUCAACCACUAUUGAUCCAUUUUGGGACAUAUCCCUAGAUUUGGGGCCCACUGCUGGAGCAUCUGGACCAGAUAGCUCAGGUCCACCUACCUCGCUACUAGACUGCCUAGAACGUUUUACACGGGCGGAACAUUUGGGUUCAAGUGCAAAGAUAAAAUGUAGUAAUUGCCAAACUUAUCAAGAAAGCACCAAACAAUUGACCAUGAAACAGCUACCAAUCGUUGCCAGCUUUCACUUGAAGAGAUUCGAACAUUCUAGCAUCCAGGACAAGAAAAUAUCAACCUUCAUAGCUUUUCCCGAACAAUUAGAUAUGACCCCGUUUAUGUCGCAUAAAAGAAACGGAAAUAACAAUGCUACAAUAGAUGGCUUACCAAAAAAUGGCGAAGACACUGCAUUCAGCGACAACAGAUAUUCUUUGUUUGCUGUUAUCAAUCACGAGGGAUCUUUGGAAACCGGACACUACACAGCGUUCAUCAGACAGCAGAGAGAUCAGUGGUUCAAAUGUGAUGAUCAUCUUAUAACCAGAGCCAAGUUGAAAGAUGUGUUGACCAGCGAAGGGUACCUCCUUUUUUAUCACAAGCAGAUUUUGGAAUACGGACGAAAUAGCAAAGUAUGAAAUUCAAAUCAUGUAAUUAAAUUAUUUAUCCCGAUGAUGGAAGGUUGAACGAUAGAUUUCAAGAUUCUUAGGUUCAUUGUAUCGUUUAGCUAGGAUUCUAUGUUAUAAAUUGAUAAUUCAGCGUUGUUUGAUGACCGUUCCUAAUUAUACAUGUGCGCAAUUGAACGAAGUAGGUAUCUUCGAAUCAAUUGUAUAUUUAUUUUCGGAAAUAAUUGCACCACUUUUAAUUUAAAAAAAAAAAAAUCAUUAGUAUAGUUAAUUUAAAUAAUAAUUUAUAACUGUUUAGUUUUACAAUUACUUGAUACAACUUUUACCUUCAUGACAUAUUAUUAGGGACAAAGUAAUUGGCUGCAGAACUAUCUUCAAGUAUUGUAAACAUAUUGAUACGAUGAUUACUUACGUAAACUAUGCUACAGUUUUAAUGGAAGCAUCCGGAUAACAGUAGGAUUUGCAGCAGACCCUACAUAUUUCAAUAUUUAUUCAUUUUUCAUCUCUCAAACAUUGCGUGAGGUAUAUCCGACCGAAUCUACUUAAUAUUGAUGUAAAAUAGAUACACAUAAGGUUUUGUCCUCGUGUGUAUCUCUGUGAGACUUUUGACGUUUUCUAUUUAAGUAAAGCAUUAUCGGCAACAAACCCUAAUACUCUUAUACUUUACGGAUACUGUUUAUCUGAAGGAAAUAUACGAAUGCGAUCAUGGACAAAUGAAGAUAAAUCUUUGUAUGCAUUAAAAUGAUGCUUAGCAAUGAAAUAUAAAUGAGAAAUAACAGCCGUAGCAAAUAUAUUUGUCAUUGUUUUAUGCCUGCAAGAUGAGGAACCCUAUUAUGGCUGUAUUCUAAUACCCAAUAUAGUAAGAUUAGUUUUUAAGAUUAGCUCAAUUUUCUUUAAAUUGCCAAAUGCAAUCUUUCUAUAUCACUGAAAACAGUUAUAUUACUUCCCCGACUAUUAUUACUAUGUAUACACCCUAAAACCGAUGGUUAUAUGCGCGGCUCAUUCAUUUAUCUGAGUCUGAAAUCAAUUGAUCAACCGAUGAUUGUAUCGAAAGGCUCCAUCUCUUCGCUGUGAUUAAGUGAUCAUAUUUAGUCUUCAGUUGUUUUUUUUAAUAUAAAUCUGAAUGCAAGUGCUUUCAAUUUAUUAAUUUCAAUCAAUGAGAGCGUGUAUAGUCAUGCAGCUAUCUAAGUAAGUGAGAGUGAUGUUCAUGAAUCAGAAUAUUGUUUCGCUAAAUGAAUGUGUAGCGGGCUGGCUGGCGUUACCAUAUUAGGGACGAACUCCAUUAUAAUGGAAUGACCGCGCAUAUAAUAGUUUUAAGAAUAAACAAAUUUUUGUACAAAUGAGCUUGUAAUGUUGAAGUAAUAUUAUCUAUUUUAAUGCGAUGAUUUACGUCCGAUUGUGUAUAUUAAAUUAUGAUUUGAAUAAAGUUCUGGUCGCCCGCUA